AUGUCUACAGCUCCUGUCCAACCAAGCCCCCAGGCACCUCUGGAAAUCGCGAAAUUGUUACGUCAUCACAAAGAUUUAAAACAGAGGCAAGGUUUAUUUCAGUCGAGAACCGUAGAUUUCUUCCGUUACAAGAGAUUCAUUAGAGCGUUGAAAUCGCAGGAAUACGCUAAAAAAUCAACUAAUCAACCAGACCUGUAUCCACCAUUGACUGGAUCCACCGAAGAGGAACAAAAUAGUAAAGCCCGUGAAAUUUUUAUCAAUUUAAUCAAAUCUCAAUUGAUAUUACCUGCAAUUAAAUUACACAGCCAUGAAUGUAAAGAGCACGGUUUGAAACCAAAUAAAGAUUACCCAAAUUUGAUCAUUUCACAAAAGGCAAAUUUAAGAGACGAUGAAUACUACAUCUGGAAUUAUAACAAGAAAUCUAUCAUGGAUAUCUUAACUGUUGUAGGGAUCAUCUCUGUCAUCCUAGCACUUGUUUUAUACCCCCUAUGGCCGAAAUCCAUGAGACGUGCGUCAUACUACGUGUCAUUAGCAUGUCUCGGUUUAUUAGGUGCUUUCUUCAUUAUUGCUAUCAUCAGAUUCAUAUUGUACAUCAUAUCAUUGACAUUUGCCAAAGAAAAAGGUGGAUUCUGGUUAUUCCCAAAUUUAUUUGAAGAUUGUGGUAUCCUCGAUAGUUUCAAACCAUUCUACGGUUUUGGUGAAAAGGAUUCCUACAGUUAUAUCAAGAAAAUGAAAAGAUUAAAGAAGAAGCAAGCCAAGAAGGAUAAGAGUGCCACCGCUACUAUCGAAGAGAAGAAAAAUGAUUAA